CUGAUGUAAAUAUACUGUUGUAUUAAAAAAAAAAAAGAAUAUAGGUUCCAAACAAACAGGCCAGGUCUGGAAUACAAAAGUUCGGGCAACCAAGCAUCUCUCUCUCACUGUAUCCCGCUUCUUCCUCGCUCGUCAGCAUAGCAAGAUCUAAGUUGCGCCCCACGAAAGAGAAGAGAGCUGAUCCUCAGUCUGUGAGAAACAGAAGGAAACACUACCAUGAAUGCCCCAGACCGAUAUGAACGGUUUGUCGUUCCGGAGGGAACAAAAAAGGUGUCGUAUGAGAGGGACACGAAAAUCAUAAAUGCAGCAUCAUUUACAAUUGAGAGAGAGGACCACACCAUUGGCAACAUCCUCCGCAUGCAGCUACACAGGGACGAGAAUGUUUUGUUUGCCGGCUACAAGCUUCCUCACCCCCUUCAGUACAAGAUUAUUGUCAGGAUUCACACAAGCAGCCAGUCUUCACCAAUGCAGGCAUACAACCAGGCUAUUAAUGAUCUUGACAAGGAAUUUGACCAUUUGAAGAACGGUUUUGAGGCUGAAGUUGCAAAGCAUUCAGUGGAGUACUAGUACGCAUUCCGGGAUCUGUAAGGAGGCUUGUUUUGACUGUUCAUGCUAGAUAAUCAUUGUACGUAACAUUAACUGCUGUCUUCUUUAACUAGGGAUCAAAGUACUUUGUGUGCAUUUUGAUGUUUGGCUGUCUCGUGAAUGUUUAUUGCUAGUUAUGAAAUGAGAACAGGAUGAAGGGGCUAACAGUUUCUUGAAAA